GCGCGCGUCUGGCCCCGCCCACCGUCAGCGAAGAUGUUCAAAUAGACCAAUCAUCGAGGAGGAGAAGAACAAGCUUCACCAAUGGGGGUGUGAAGGGGGCGGGACCAGCAGAGCAGCGGCGGAUUUGAAAACAAGAUGGCAGCAACGGAGGAUGCGGGCGGCAGAGAUACGGGGAUAACGCGCGAGUCGCUGUGCAGCAUAGUCAUCUGUAAUGACGCCUCCCUACGGAGCCAGCCGGUUAUCUACAACCCGGACUUCUUUGUGGAAAAGCUCCGCCAUGAGAAUCCAGAAGUAUUUACAGAGCUGGUGGUCAGUAACAUCACACGACUGAUAGACCUGCCCGGAACGGAGUUUGCUCAACUCAUGGGAGAAGUGGACCCGAAGCUUCCAGGACCUAAUGGGGCGGCCGCUAACUUCUUCAAGUCGCUCAACUUUCUCAAGCGUAAAGAAAAAGGCAUAGUGUUUGGAGCGCCAUUGACAGAAGAAGGCAUCGCACAAAUAUAUCAGCUCAUAGAGUACCUGCACAAAAAUCUCCGCACCGAAGGCUUGUUCCGUAUCCCUGGGAACAGCAAUCGUCUACAGAUCCUUAAGGACUCUCUGAACAGCGGGAUAGACAUCGAUGUGGAUUCGGGAGACUUUCACCCUAAUGAUGUCGCCACGCUGUUGAAAAUGUUUCUGGGUGAAUUACCCGAACCGCUGCUUACACACAGGCAUUACCACGCGCAUCUGAAGAUUGCUGACCUAAUGCUUUUUGACGACAAGGGUAACCGGAUGGGGGUACCCGAUAAGGAGCGACAAAUCGAGGCCCUGCAACUCUUGUUCCUCCUCCUCCCGUCUCCCAACAGGAACCUUCUCAAACUACUCUUGGAUCUCCUGUACCAAACAGCCAAGAAACAGGACCGCAACAAGAUGUCCGCCCACAACCUGGCCCUGAUGUUUGCCCCACACAUCGUAUGGCCCAAAAACGUCACUGCAAAUGAUUUGCAAGAACACAUAAUAAAGCUAACCAAUGGCGUCACCUUCAUGAUUAAACAUUCUCAAAAGCUUUUUAAGGCACCUGCUUAUAUACGAGAAUAUGCCCGGCUGUACUUCAGCGGCAGCAAGACUCCCUCCUCCAAGGAUGAUUUGGAGUUGUUAUCCUCCGAAUCCCACAAAGAAUUUCCGUUUGUAAAAAGCCAGAAGAGAAGCCGUCUGGGAUCAUCACCCUCAUCCUCCACAUCUCAGCAGGAACUGACACAGCGCCGCACGGAGGAAGCUUUACGGGAAUUGUUCCAACAUGUCCACAAUAUGCCUGAUUCUGCCAAAAAGAAAAAACUCAUCCGACAGUUUAAUAAACAUAAUCAAGGAACGCCGGACCUGACCAGUGGGAAGAAACAUGUCCGCUCGCGAUCCUUCAGCGGGAUGAUCAAGCGCAAAGUCUUGGGUGGGCAGGCGGUAUCAGAGAAGAAGCGGACAGAGACUCCUCUGUCGUCACAAAGAUCCGAAUACAUCAAAGAAAACGUUAAAUAUGUGUCACAAGAAUCUCCUGCAGUUUACUUUACAAAAGCCAAAUUAAAGCUUUCGGAGCACGCUCACAGCAAGAAAGAGGCACCCAGUAAAAUAAAGAGGGCGCAUCUCUUGUCUACUCAAGAAACCUCCAUAUAAAGGAUCUGAGAGUAGUGGGACUCAAGCAUUUUUUUUUUUUUUUUUUUUUUUUUACCUUUUUAAAGUCUAUUUUAUUUUUAUUUUAUUAUUUUUUACACAAACCUGUGGACAACUGUUACAAAGCUGUGACUUAAUUUUUCCUGUGCCGACUUGGACCCAUCUCUUUUAUAUGGCGGUAUUUUAGUGUGUAUUUUUUAUUAUUUAACACACUGUCUAACCAUUAGCUGUUUUUCGCAUUCUGAGACUUCUGUGAUACUUUGUGUGGUUAUUAAUACAAUGUUACUGGCAAAAGAAAACCUGUUGUUAGGGAGGGUUCUUAGUUCUUUACUGUACAAUGAUUUGGAUAUGUAAAUUUAUUGGCAAAAAUGUUUGAGAUUGGACAAAAGCAGUCCUGUUCAUCUAGGACAGGGUUUCCCAACCAGCGUGCCUCCAGCUAUUGCAAAACUACAGCUCUCAGCAGGCACCCUGGUUGGGAAACUCUGCUGUAGAGACUCACUCUGUGUUAAUGCUCCUCAUUCUCUGUAUUAAUGCUUUAGUAGUGGGUAUGGUAAAAUGAGAUUUAUUAUAAAUAUU